UGUUUAGAACCGUGAUAUUUGAUUGGCUUCGGGGGACUUCGUCGAAUUUACUCGGCUGGAGCUCGAAGCCCGCGGUUUACAAAAACUGCUGCUGAACAAAGCGAACUAGUAGCAGUAAAGUCUUCUUUUUUCUUUUCCCUUCAACUAACCUGCCGCUAACACCACGGUAAACGUCCACUCGGAAUAAAGCCGUUCAAAGGUGCAGCUGCAAUCCCGCUGUUUCACAACCAAACAGAGCACGGCAGCGUUUUGUUUGUAUUGGCUGGAAGGUUAGCUGAAGGCUAGUUAGCACAGGGGAGGUAACGUUACCUUGUCAGCUAACGUAACUAACGUAACUAGCGUCAACUGAAAAGGCUGUGCCCGGUAUCAAGCUAGGAAACACACAAGCCGGGUGGUUUCCUUUCUACGACUUGAACUGGAUAACAAACAGCUAUGUCACUGUCGACUGAGGCUCAUUUUGGGGUGAGCCUGCUGAGCAGAAUUAAAGGAUCCACAAUCUGUGUGGUGCCCGACUUCUCCUCUGAUCUCCUGGAAGAUGACUAUGACCUGAAUAAGUCGUACCCAGGUACUCAGAGACCGCUGUACAAGAAGAGCCUUUUGGCAUUGCAACGUCGUUACAGCCCUGGCUCCUUGACAGGUGAACGUUUGGAUGAUUGCACUUCUGUCGCAACAAGAAACUACCAGAUCUCUAGCUUGCAUCCUGGCUCCCAAGUGUCUGCUGUUACCUUGCCACACCUGUCCACUGUGUCAGAGGCGGAGGAAAGCUUGUUCAGUCAGCUGAUCUCUGGAGAUUUUGACCUGGCAGGAUCUCCAUCUGCCCUCAACCCAAACAAAGUCAUUCUCACCGUCCACCGUAACACCAGAGAGAUUUUGUCAGCCAAUGAACAGGCAUGCAAGCUGUUUGAGUGCACCACCAAUGAGCUGAUUGGAAAAAAGCUGUCCUGUAUCUUGAAGAAAACCACUCAGGUCCUAGAAGAAGCUUUGGAAGAAGAUUUUCCACUUGAAGAUGGAACUGUUGCAACCGUGUCUGGAAAAGUGGUGGAUGUUGUGACAUUAUCUGGAGAGGUGCCAGUGUCGGUGUGUACCUACAGGCAGUCACAAAAUGAAGAGCACUGGCUUGUCAUAAUGGAAAAUGUAGAAAGGAUAUCAGCCUUUCUCUCCUUUUCACAAGAUGGCAGCAUCCUAACCUGUGACUUGGCGUUUGCCCAACUCCAUGGAUACCACCAUACCGACGAGUUAAAAGGAGCGUCUGUUAAGGAGCUAAUCCCUUCUUUACAAAUCCCCCUCCACAGUAAUGCAUUGCCCAAGGUGCUGAGGGUUCAGAGAGUGUGUGGUAUAAGCAGAGGGGGUGCAUCAGUCCCGCUGUGUAUCAAACUUCAGGGUGCAGUGGUAUGUGGGAGGCCUCAACACCAAAACAAUGGAACUGGUUGGACCAGCCCAACAGAGAGUCUUGAAAGCUCAGAUCCACAGGACAAGUCAGUAGACUCAAACCGGGAACACUGUGAGCAUCCUCAUGGAAAAGAGCCACCCUCUGAAGUCAAAGUAGACAGCCUUGUCCUCUCCCCCAGCCCCGCUCUGGAGUACUCUGGAACAGUCUGGGUGUUUGCUCCUCUAAGCGGUCUCCUCCUGCUCCACCCUGAUGGCUCAAUCUACAGCAUCCACAACCACCUGGCUCUCAGUCUGUUUGGCUACAACAAGGACGAGCUGCUGAGAAAGAGUGUCACUUUUCUGAUGCCCGGCUUCUAUGGAUGGAUGUCUGACUCUGACAGAAAGGCCAACUCCUCUGCUAAUCAAGCAGAGGCUAGUAAAAGUCCAGCUUCAUCCAAAGUAUCAGGGAAAUUUGACCCUUCCUCACUGGUGGCUGGUGAUAUGGCCAUGGUGCAUCACGCAGCCCUGGGAAGAACAUCCACAGGGAGAGGCAGGAUCUUCACUGGAACCAGCACCAGGCUGGAUAAACAGGGCAGUGCUCUGUCGACCCUUUCUACUCCUGCUGUCACCUCUACACGUGUGGUUCUGGCCGAUGACACUACAGAGCUGAUGGCAGAAGCAGCACAAGUUGCUCUCUGCAGUAAUCAUCUAGACAGUGCAGAUACCACUCAGGCUCUCCUCAAGACUUAUGCCUGGGUGGAACCCCCAGAAGAAGACACCUUCUGCCUGGUUACCACCGAACCACCACGCCAUAACCAAGAACUGCAGCUCGGCACCACUCCCACUCAGAAUGGACAUGCUGUUGGCGGGGUGGGUGGCACCUCUGCUGGUGUAGGAAAAGACCACCGCCCAUGUGCCUCUGUCCUCCAAGACUCCAGCUUUGAAGUCAUCUCACUGGAGAGCAGGUCUUCCUCUGGCUUCUGUGAAAAAUUUGCUGGGAAUUGUGGUUCUGAUCCAGGCCAGACAGAGGACUCCCCCUCAGCACACAUAGUGGACUCAGCCAGCUGUUUCCUGGACCUUAACAGCAAUGGUGAUCUGGUGACCCGGGCCCUGGCUGAUCUAGAUCUGAGCAGUAGUCUAGAGCUGCUCAGCGGCGGAGGGUACAAUGAGGAUAACCAGCACUCCAUGACAUCCUGUGAUACAGCUGAGCUCCUGCGUACACCCUCCCCAUGUGUGGUAGAGUCUGACCAUGAAGCGGAGCCUGUUGAGACUGGGAACGCUGAUGUGGGAGCCAGAGAUGGCUCAAGUGAAGAGCAAGGAGAAAAAGACCAGGGCGAGCAAGAUCAGUGGGCAGCUAUCUCUUCAAUUCAUAAAGACAAGAGUCAAGGGUUCUGUGUGCAAAUGAAUGGUGGGGUUGAGUCAAUGACCGACAUUCCUGCCACAUCUACUCCUAAGAAACAGAAGGUGAAUGGAGGCACACUGUCCUCAGACAGUACACAGAUACUGGAGGGGCGAUAUGUAGGAAGCGCAUAUCACAGAGAUGGCACAAGAGUAGAUGUGCAGUGUGAUGUUCACAGGACUGACCUUCCUGAUGGAAGCUCCAUGUUCUGUGUGUGGAUGAGCAGGCCUGGACAGCAGGGGUCAUUGUUGCAAACAGACCAAUCACUGCACAACCAAUCAGGAGUCAGUCUAGGAGAGAGGAUUGGUGAGGCCAGUCAUGGGGAGGCACUGCGCUCCACCAUGGACCUGGAGCAGUCUCGAGCCUGUGACGGGCAGUUUGAGGAAGAGUAUCAGCCUCUUAAAGCUGUGGGUAAAGGAGCCUUUGGUUUCGUCUGGAAGGCAAUAAGACGCAGUGAUGGACAAGAAGUGGUAGUGAAGUUCAUUAGCAAGGCCAGGGUAGUGAGUGACUGCUGGGUAGAUGACCCCAUGCUGGGACGAGUCAGCCAGGAGAUUGCCAUACUGACACGAGUACAGCACCACAACAUAGUCAAGGUGCUGGAGGUGUUUGAGAAUGGGAGUUACUUCCAGAUGGUGAUGGAGAAACACGGAGAUGGCCUGGACCUUUUUGAAUUCAUAGACAUGCAGCCAAGACUGGAUGAGCCCCUGGCCAGUUACAUCUUCAGACAGCUGGUGGCCGCUGUCUUCUAUCUGAGGACUAAGAACAUCCUUCACAGGGACAUAAAAGAUGAGAACAUCAUCAUCGACACAUGUUUCCACAUUCGACUGAUAGACUUCGGCUCCGCUGCCAUGAUGGCUCCCAGGAAGCUUUUUUACAAUUUCUGUGGCACACUGGAGUACUGCUCCCCGGAGGUGCUUCAGGGGAAUCCCUAUGAGGGUCCAGAGCUGGAGAUGUGGUCUCUUGGUGUGUUGCUCUACACUCUGCUAUUCAGUGAGAACCCUUUCUGUGAUGUGGAGGAGAUCCUGAAUGCCAAACUGAAGCCCCCAUUCCCCCUCUCUCAAGACCUGCAUGGUGUUUUAUGUGGGCUACUGCACCCUGCUCCCGCUAAGAGAAUGACUCUGGACCAGCUGUUGUUACAGUCCUGGAUCAGCCAGCCUAUUUCCCUGUCAGAGUACAGCUGGACAGAGGUGGUCCCUACAACUCAGACCUACUGCUCACCACAGUACCAGGAGUCCAGUCCUAAAUUGUACAUCGGGCAAGGCUUGUUCCCAGACCAAGGUGAUGAGACUCUUCCUGAUGAGGAGGAGGAGGAGGAUGAAGAUGAAGAUGACAGGUUGUCAAUGGUGGCCCUAGAAACAGAGCUUCAGAAGUAUCUCCAUGAGGAUUAAAGACUGAAUUUAAAGGGAGUGGAGCCCGAUGGUCCGUCCAUUUAGUCUGCAGCAGUGCAAAGAGGAUGUAAAGUGCAAAAUAAGACAAGGGAAGCUUUUAGAGACAAAUGGGACUUUAUGAAGUAGACACCGCUUGCUACCAUGUGUAAUGAAUAUAAUUGUCAAGCUGUUGUUGUUUGAAAUGCAAUGAAUAUUUUUUGUUUUAUUUAAUCAAUUUUGUUAUUUAUGGAUUUAGGGGAAAUUUAAAGCAUUAAAAUCAUAGUAAUGGUUCAGAGAUCCAGCUUUGCCACCAAAACACACAAGUGACUACAACCUUAAGUUGUAAACCUCAGACACCAUAGAGAACUUAGUUUGAUGGAGAAAUAGAUAAAGUUAAAGGGAAUUGUUUUAUAGAUCCAGUUUUUGUUUGAUAAAUAUCUUUUUUUUAAGGUCAUGAUUUUUAAUCUUUAAUGUUUUAAUUAAAAAUGUAAGUAUAUUUACAAUAUUUUAUCUAUUUAUUUUAUACAUGAAUAAAUAUUUUACCACAAA